AUUUUCCUCCUCCUCCACCAGAGAGCAGCUUAGUGUUUCCUCCUCCACCUCCUUCCCCAGCUUCCUCUGCAGGUUCUCCCCCACCUGACAAAUCAGGGUCUCCAGUCAAAAAGACCGGCAAGACAUCAAGCCCCGGAGGGAAGAAACCACCUCCAACACCUCAGCGGAACUCCAGCAUCAAGUCCACCAGCUCCACAGAGUACCAUGAGUCCAAGAGACCUUCGGUGGACCGCCUUGUCAGCAAAUUUGCACACCCACCCGAGCCGUCAGGGUCUCCUUCCAAGGAGUCAUCACCUCCUGCAGCCCCUCCAAAGCCAGGAAAGCUCAACCUUUCUGGGGUGAGCCUGCCUAUUGUCCUUCCGCAAGGAGGGAUCCCGGCCAAGGCUCCUGCUCUGGGUGUGUCUGGGAAGGAACCUGUGGUCGAAUUCCCUUCACCACCGUCUGAUUCAGACUUUCCACCACCACCACCUGAAAUAGACCUUCCUCUCCCACCAGUUGAGAUCCCAUCUGUGUUUUCAGGCAGCACCUCCCCAAAAGUCGCUGUUGUCAAUCCCCAGCCUCAGGCAUGGUCAAAGCCACCUGUGAAAAAAGCCCCACCACCCACACGUCCCAAGCGCAACGACAGCACUCGGCUGACGCAGGCAGAGGUUGCGGAGCCGCCAGGCUCGGCCGUCCCUCAAGUGCCCACUUCACCCAAGUCCAGCCUUAGUGUUCAGCCGGGAUUCCUGGCAGACCUCAACCGGACACUGCAGCGCAAAUCCAUCACACGGCACGGCUCCCUCUCCUCCGCACGCAUGUCCAGAACAGAGCCCACGGCCACCAUGGAUGACAUGGCCCUGCCUCCACCUCCACCGGAGCUGCUGGCUGACCAGCAGAAGACAACCAGCUUUGGGGGCAGCCAUAUAUCUGGCUACGCAACGUUACGGAGGGGGCCACCCCCCGCACCUCCCAAGAGAGAUCAGAACACCAAGCUGUCGCGGGACUGGUAG